GUUUACAUGUAGGCAUCACUCUCUUUGACAAACUUCUAUAUAUACCUACGCCAUUGCUUUUCCUUCACAAACACUUCAAAAACAGAAACCAAUCAAUACAAGAAACAAGAACACUAUAUACAUACAUACAACUGAACUGAAAAAUGGUGAAAACCGCGGAUCAGCAGAAGAUGAUGGGUUCGUCUUCGAGCUCCGGCAAUGCUGCGGCGGCGGCGAUGAAGAAGAAGUACAAGGGAGUGAGGAUGAGAAGCUGGGGAUCAUGGGUGUCGGAGAUCAGAGCGCCGAAUCAGAAGACCCGGAUAUGGCUCGGCUCCUAUUCGACGCCGGAGGCCGCCGCCAGAGCCUACGACGCCGCCCUCUUAUGCCUCAAAGGCGCCUCCGCCUCCGCCAACCUCAACUUCCCUCUCGACCACUCCUACCACAUUCCCCCCUCCGGCGCCGUCUUGUCCCCCAAAUCCAUCCAGCGGAUCGCCGCCGCCGCCGCCGCCGCGAACGGCGGCGGCGGCGCAAUCCCCAUCUCCGCCGCCGCCUCUCCCCCUUCCGGCUUCGCCUCUUAUUCCCCGUCCUCCUCCUGCUCCGCUUCUUCGUCCUCGCCGCUCUCCGAAACCGCCGGCAUUGAAGAUGAGGAUUAUUUCCCCUGCAUCGACGCCAACAACAACGCGCCGCCGGCUCAUCAUCAGGAUCCGGCGGUGGCGGCCAUAAUGGCGCAGUGCAGCUGGUACAACUUCGACUCCCCAAAGUACAAUGACAUGCUUAUGAACGGCGGCUUCUUUGAUCCACCAUUGGUUGAAGACGUGUACGAAGAGUUUGGAGAAAUUCGGCUAUGGAACUUCAACUGAUCUCAGAUUUAUUUAAUUUUAUAUUAUUAUAUUAUAUAUAUUAUUAUAUUAUUAGGUUAAAAUCAGUAUAUUCAAUUCAUUCUUUAAUUUUAAUGGCGACAAGAUGUAAACUUGUUCGCUGAAUUAAUUACUUCACAAACAAGGCUACAGGAAAAGAGCGUAAUUUCAAGACUCCUUCCUAGUACGCCAUGCAAUGCUAGCUGUGUAGCAAUAAUUAUCCUCAAAUAUUAUAUUUCUAUUUUUCUUU